AUGGAAUCACUGAAGGGCUCUGUCUUCCUCGUGAUCCUUCACCUUUUAGGAGGAGCCCUAAGCAGUUCCCUCAUUCAGCUGAACAACAAUGGCUACGAAGGCAUUGUCAUUGGCAUAGACCCCAGUGUGCCAGAAGAUGAAGCACUCAUUCAACAAAUAAAGGACAUGGUGACUCAGGCAUCUCCAUACCUGUUUGAAGCAACAGGGAAAAGAUUUUACUUCAAAAAUGUUGCCAUUUUGAUUCCUGAAAACUGGAAGACAAAACCUGAUUAUGUGAGGCCAAAACUCGAGACCCUCAAAAAUGCUGAUGUUCUGGUUGCUGAGACCAGUCCUCCAGGUAAUGACCAACCCUAUACUGAGCAAGUAGGAAAGUGUGGAGAGAUGGGCGACAGGAUUCAUCUCACUCCGAACUUCUUAGCAGGGAAGAAGUUGCUUCAAUAUGGACCCCAAGGUAGGGCAUUUGUCCAUGAGUGGGCUCAUCUAAGAUGGGGAGUAUUUGAUGAAUACAAUAAUGACCAGAAGUUCUACUUAUCCAAAGGAAAACCCACACCUGUAAAUCCCCCAAAUACUAAAGAUAUGAACAAUGAAGAGAAAAAGAUAAUUUGUGGUUGCAUCGUGGAAUUCUGUACAGAAAAGAACCACAAUGCUGAAGCCCCAAACCUGCAAAACCAAAGAUGCAACCUUCGAAGCACUUGGGAAGUCAUCCGUGAUUCCGAAGACUUUAAGAAAACCACUCCUAUGAGCACUCAGCCACCCAUGCCCACCUUCUCAUUACUGCAGAUCGGAAAAAGAAUUGUGUGUUUAGUCCUCGAUAAGUCUGGAAGCAUGUCGAGUGGCAAUCGCCUUAACAGAAUGAAUCAAGCAGGCAAGCUAUUCCUGCUGCAGACUGUGGAGCUGGGGUCCUGGGUGGGGAUGGUGAUGUUUGACGGAGCUGCCUACAUCCAAAGUGAACUCAGACAGAUAAACAGUGGGACAGACAGGGAUGCGCUCACCCGAAGCUUACCCACUGUGGCCGCAGGAGGGACAUCCAUCUGCUCUGGACUUCGAUCAGCAUUUACUGUGAUUAGGAAGAAAUAUCCAACCCAUGGUUCUGAAAUUGUCCUGCUGACAGAUGGGGAGGACAACACUAUAAGUGGGUGCUUUAACGAGGUGAAACAAAGCGGAGCCAUCAUCCACACAAUUGCUUUGGGUCCUUCUGCCGCUAAAGAAUUAGAGCAGCUGUCCAAAAUGACUGGAGGUUCACAAACAUCUGCUUCCGAUCAGGCUCAGAACAAUGGCCUCAUUGAUGCCUUUGCAGCCCUUGCAUCAGGAAAUGGAGCUCUCUCCCAGCGCUCCAUCCAGCUGGAAAGUAAGGGAUUCGCCCUCCAGAGCUCUCAGUGGAUGAAUGGCACAGUGAUCGUGGACAGCACCGUGGGAAAGGACACUUUGUUUCUUAUCACCUGGACAACCCAACCUCCCCAAAUCUUUCUCUGGGAUCCCAGUGGAAAGAAACAAGAUGGCUUGGUAGUAGACAGAAACACCAAAAUGGCCUACCUUGAAAUCCCAGGCACUGCCAUGGUUGGAGUUUGGAAAUACAGUCUGCAAGCAAGUUCACAAACGCUGACUCUGACUGUCACCUCCCGUGCAUCAAGUGCUACCCUGCCUCCAAUUACAGUGACCUCCAAAAUGAACAAGGACACGGGCAAAUUCCCCAGUCCUAUGGUAGUUUAUGCAAAUAUUCGCCAUGGGGCCUCUCCUGUCAUCAGGGCCAGAGUCACAGCCUUGAUUGAAUCCGUGAACGGAAAAACAGUUACUUUGGAAUUAUUGGACAAUGGAGCAGGUGCUGAUGCUACCAAAGAUGAUGGUGUCUACUCAAGGUAUUUUACAGCUUAUGAUGCAAAUGGUAGAUACAGUGUGAAAAUAAGGGCUCUAGGAGGAACAAAUGCAGCCACACAGAGAGCAACGCCUCAGCAGAGUGGAGUCAUGUACAUCCCUGGCUGGAUUGAGAAUGGUGAAAUCAAAUGGAAUCCCCCACCUCCUGAAACCAAUAACGAACUUCAAGUGAAGCAAGUGUGCUUCAGCAGAACAUCUUCAGGAGGUUCAUUUGUGGCCUCCAGUGUGCCAAAGGCUCCCAUCCCUGACCUCUUUCCACCUUGCCAAAUCACUGACCUGAAGGCGAAAAUCCAAGGGGACAAUCUCAUUAAUCUGACUUGGACAGCUCCUGGGGAUGACUAUGAUCAUGGGCGAGCUUACAAGUAUAUCAUUCGAAUAAGUGCAAGUAUUCUUGAUCUGAGAGACAAGUUCAAUGACUCUGUUCAAGUGAACACUACUGAUCUCAUCCCAAAGGAGGCCAACUCUGAGGAAGUCUUUGUGUUCCAACCAGAAAACACUGCUUUUGCAAAUAACACUGAUCUCUUUAUUGCUAUUCAAGCUGUUGAUAAGGCCAAUCUGAAAUCAGAAAUAUCCAAUAUUGCCCGGGUAUCUUUGUUUAUUCCUCCUCCAGAGUCACCUAGUCCCACUAAAAAUUCUACUAUUUGUCUUGAAGUCAAUAGUAGCAUUUCUGGGCUUCAAUUUUUUAAAAUUAUGUGGAAAUGGUUUGGAGAAAUGCAAGUGUCACUAGGUUUGCACUGA